UGAAGUUAUAAUACAUAACCACUUGUUUUCCGACAUUUAAUACGCAUAUCCUGUACUUACACAGAGAGACAACCGCAAAUUUUUCGGUAUCUAAUACGUAUAUCCUGUUCUUAUACAGAGAGAUAACCACUUGUUUUGCGGCAUUUAAUACGCAUAUCCUGUACUUACACAGAGAGACAACCGCAAAUUUUUCGGUAUCUAAUACGUAUAUCCUGUACUUACACAGAGAGUGUUGACUAUCCAUUUCUUCUACUACCUGAUACAAAUAUCCUGUAUAUAUCCUGAGAGUGCUUAUAGUGUCUAUAUAGUCUAUAUAAGGCACCACAUUGCUUUCAAGCAUCACAUUUUGAUAUCCAAUACUUUCGUUAGAGAGUAUUCGUUAGAGAGUUUGAUUUCUGCAAGGCAACUGUUUUGGCCGUAAAACUCCUAACUUUUGUUGUUAUCUAGGAGGAAUAUCCAGCAUUUAUUGUGGGAGUGACUUCUAAGGAAUUUCCAGGAAAUCACAAGCUAUCUUUGACGGUCUAGUUAUUAUUUCAUUGGUUCACAAAGUUUCGUUCAAACCAAUCGAAAUGUCAAAACCCGUAAGGAAAGAGUUAAUUGAUAAGUAUAUAGCUGACAAAAAGUACAAAUGCAUUAAAAAACUCAACAGCGGUGCUUUUGGGAAGGUAUAUCUUGGCGAAAAUACUCAAUCAGGGGAAAAAGUUGCCAUUAAACUAGAAAGCCAAAAAGAAAACUCUAAGUUUUUGCAAUAUGAGUACUACUUUUAUAGUAAAUUGAGUGAUGGUAUUGGAAUCCCCAAAGUCGAAUAUUAUGGCAAGGAGAAGAAAAAUAAUGCACUUGUGAUGACAUUGUUAGGUCCCUCUUUGGAGAGCUUUUUCAGUUUCUGUGGGAAAAAGUUCACUUUACACACUGUGUGCUUAUUAGCCGAUCAGAUGAUUGAUCGUAUAGAGUUCAUCCACUCUAAAGGUAUAAUACACAGGGAUAUUAAACCAGAAAAUUUUUUAACAGGGUUACUGGAAGAAAGUUCAUUAAUAUAUCUUGUUGAUUUUGGAUUUUCGGAUUUAUAUAGAGACUCUGUUACCAAUGAACAUAUUGAGUGUGUUGACAAUGAAACCUUUUAUGGUACGAUGGAUUUCUCUUCAUGUAAUGCAUUACAAAACAAGACACAAUCUAGGCGUGAUGAUAUCGAAGCUCUUGGUUAUGUAUUAAUAUAUUUUUUAAAAGGUAAACUACCAUGGCAUAAUAUAACAGCUGAAACCAGUCGACAACAAGCAGAUAAAGUGCUGGAAAUGAAACUUUCUGCGUCUAUUAAUGACUUGUGUAAAGGAAUAGAUGAUAUUUUUAAUGUAUAUAUGAGUCAUUGUCGUAGUUUAGAUUUUAAGGAAACUCCGGACUACAGAUAUUUAAAGGAUAUAUUUCGUUUUAAGUUAGCUAAUAUGCGUAUUCGUUUGACGUCGACUUUCGAUUGGAUUCCUAAUGUUACUUGGUUUGAAAAAGGUAUGCAGAAAAUAACUACAGAUAAGCGACGUUCAGUCAGAAAUAAGAAAAAUACACAAUGGAAAAAGCAAAAGUUUAGAAAGAAAAAAAGGAAUGCAAGGAGAUGAUAUGAUUACUUUGUCUAAACAAACAAUCUAGAAAAGUCUUGUUUUUAUUUUAUAAAGAUUUUUUUAUGUAUUCAGUUAUAUAUAAUAAUUGACAAAUGAUUGUUACAUUAUAUAGAAACUUAAGAAGAGCUUGCGAAAAAAAUUUA